AUGUCAACAUGCGACAAUUUACCUUUCUUAAACAAUUCAUUAUUUUCAGGCUGUUCAAGACUUGAAACAAUAACUCUUCCAUCCAAAAUAAAGCAAAUAAAAUAUGGGUGUUUUUACAAUACUGACUCCUUAAAAUCAAUAGUAAUUCCUGACUCUGUUGAGUAUCUUUAUUACACGAGUUCAGAUGGUACAGUAUUCAGCAGGGGAUUGGAACUUGUGACAAUAUCGAGAAACUCCAAUCUAACAACUAUAGGAGACAAUGUAUUUUCUUAUACGAAAUUAAAAUAUAUUUUUAUUCCUAGAUACACAAGAACCAUAAGCUUUUCUGCAAUUAACGUUAAAACAUUAGAAAAAAUAGAAAUUGACGAAAGGAAUCCGUAUUAUAGUUCAGACGGAAUAACUAUUUUUUCUGGGGAAAAUAACAAUACAUUAAAUUUUGUUAUUCCUUCAAUCAAAUAUGAAUAUUCUAUACCGCUUUUUGUUACUCAACUUGGUGGAUCAUGCAUGAGAAGCUAUCAAUAUAAUUCAUUGGCAAUACAUGAUAAUGUAGAAAUUAUUAGUGCACAUUCCUUUUCGGCUUCCAAUUUGAUAAAUUUUAGUUUCCCUCCAAAUAUACAAUAUAUAGAAAAUGGUGUCUUUCAAUAUUGUGCCAGACUUGAAACAGUCACAUUGACAGAAAAUAUAAAAGGAAUCCAUACAGGGGCAUUUAGGUUGUGUACUAAUUUGAAAAAUAUCGUUUUACCAUCUUCAUUACUUUACAUUAAUGAAAGUGCCUUUUAUUCUUGCAAAAGCCUGAAAACAUUAACACUUCCUCAAUCUUUGCAAAAUAUAGGACCUACUGUAUUUUAUGGAUGCACAAAUCUUAUAAUAGAUACAUCGCACAAUCCAAAUUUUAACAUUACUCAUGAUAUGCUUUUUUCAGAGCAAAAAGAGCAUCUUACAGAAUAUUUUAGUAGUGAUCCGAACAAUGAAAUUCAUAUACCAUCAACAUGUAAAUAUAUUAAUAAAGGAGUUUUUAACAAGAAGCAAUUCAAAUCUAUAACAUUUGAUGGCAACACGCUUAUUUCAAUUUUGAAUUAUGCUUUUCUUUCUUCAACAAUAAAAACAAUAAUUCUUCCAGAAAGUCUUCAAAGUCUUGGUUCAGAAUGCUUCAUGGACUGUGUCAAUUUAACAAGUGUUGUUUUUAAUGGGAAUAAUAUAAACACAAUUCCAGAUAAAUGUUUUAUGAACUGUGUUCAACUCACAGAUAUUAAUAUCCCACAUUCCAUUGAAGUUAUUGGCCAAUAUGCAUUUUAUGGAUGCAAUAAUAUUGGAGAUAUAGGAAUCUCUUCAAGUAAUAUCAAAAAUAUUGGAAUGUAUUGCUUUAGUAAUAGUGGACUUAGAACAUUUAUUAAUUAUCAUAUGGUUGAAGAUCUGGACUAUACAUACAAUAUCUUUGAAGGAUGUCAUUCUCUUGAUGAAGUCAAAUUGAAUGCAAGUAUAGUUCCUAAAUAUUGCUUCUACAAUUGUUCAUCGCUUUCAAAACUUACUCUUCUUGAGGGUGUUUCUUCAAUAGAAGAUUUUGCAUUAUUAUAUUGCAAAUCAUUAUCAACUAUUAUUAUCCCAGACAGCCUAACAACAAUCAACAAUUUUGCUUUCUUUUAUUGUAAUUCACUUUCAUCAUUUUUGCUUGGAGCUCACAGUUUGUUAAAUAUUGUUUAUGGCGGAGCUUUCAUAGGAUGUGAAAAUCUUGUUACGAUCAAUGCAAGCUUAUCACCAUUCCAUAGAUUCAGUAAUGGUGCACUUACAGAUUUCAAUGAAACUAACCUCAUUACAUUUCUCCCAUCAUCCAAAGCCACAACAUUUGUCGUUCCACAAACAAUGAUAAGUAUAGGCAACUAUGCAUUUAUGAGUUGCAACAAUUUGAUUCGUGUAAUUUUUAGUGGUAACAAACUUGAACAGAUUGGAUAUCAAUCUUUUAAAGACUGCAAAAAAUUAUCAUUCGUAUUCGUUAUGUCAUCAAACUUGGAAUCAAUUGGAGUUGAAGCAUUUAUUGGAUGUCCAUUACUUACUCGUUGUGGUUCCAUUUUUUGUCUUCCACAAAAGUUUCAGUACUUUAUUGAUAGAGGAAUUCCUGCAAUAUCAUUAAAAGAUGAAUGCUCGGAUUCGCAAUUAUCUUGCAUACCUAACAAAUAUUCAAUAUCUGAUUUUGCUAAUACAUUAAUAUAUAUUUUCAUUUUGAUAUGA